CUCUCUCUCUCUGACUAUCUCUAUCAUGGAUUCAUCUUCUCGGUCCUCUGUCAUCAUUAUCGGCGCAGGCAUCUCCGGCGUAUCGGCGGCUAAGGUUUUGGCGGAGAAUGGAAUAGAUGACGUCGUGAUUCUGGAAGCUACGGAUCGUAUUGGCGGCAGGAUCCGGAAAGAGGAUUUCUGUGGCGUUUCGGUGGAGCUAGGUGCUGGAUGGAUCGCCGGAGUCGGCGGAAAGGAGGCUAAUCCGGUUUGGGAGCUCGCUUCUCAGUCGGGGCUCCGUACGUGCUUCUCCGAUUAUAGCAAUGCCCGCUACAACAUCUAUGAUCGGAGCGGGAAGAUUUUCCCGAGUGGAGUCGCGGCCGACUCGUACAAGAAAGCGGUGGACUCAGCCAUCCAGAAACUCAGAAGCCAAGAGGCCAAUUACACUGAUGACCUCUCCAAAACAAACGAACCGCCUCUGUCGCCUAAGACGCCAAUCGAGCUGGCAAUUGACUUCAUUCUCCACGAUUUUGAGAUGGCAGAAGUUGAGCCAAUAUCAACAUACUUGGAUUUUGGGGAAAGAGAAUUUCUAGUUGCAGAUGAAAGAGGAUACGAGUUUUUGCUAUACAGAAUGGCUCAGGAUCUUCUUUUCACCUCUGAGGGUAAAGUUCUGGACACUCGUCUCAAACUUAAUAAGAUUGUGAGAGAAAUUCAGCAGUCCACAAAUGGUGUUAGGGUGAAAACAGAGGAUGGUUGCGUCUACGAAGCCAAUUACGUGAUUUUGUCUGUUAGUAUUGGUGUUCUCCAAAGUGAUCUUAUUUCUUUUUGGCCUCCUUUACCUAGGUGGAAGACAGAGGCAGUUGAGAAAUGUGAUGUGAUGGUGUACACAAAGAUCUUCCUCAAGUUCCCCUAUAUGUUCUGGCCUUGUGAGCCUGAAAAAGAGUUUUUCAUCUAUGCUCAUGAGCGCAGAGGCUACUACACCUUUUGGCAGCACAUGGAGAACGCUUUCCCUGGAUCCAAUAUCCUGGUCGUGACAUUGACAAAUGGUGAAUCAAAACGUGUAGAAGCUCAAUCGGAUGAGGAGACACUUAGAGAAGCUAUGGAUGUGCUCCGAGACAUGUUUGGACCUGACAUACCUAACGCCACCAAUAUACUUGUGCCACGGUGGUGGAAUGACAGAUUCCAGCGUGGAAGUUACAGCAACUAUCCUAUUAUAGCAAAUGAGCAAGUUUUUCAUAAUAUUAAGGCACCUGUAGGA